AUGGACGUGACCGGUAACACGACGGAGGGCAAGGGGGUUUCCGCAAAUAGACGAACCCGCCGAAGAGUUUUGCUGCCAUGGGGAUCAGAUUCAGCGAAAGAUCCAUUACCUGCUUCUGCGGAGCAACUCAGUCCGGAACACAACGCCUUGCCACAGCCUGCUCACGAGGCUCCAUUGUCUCCGGUCACGGUGAAUGAAGAUGGUGGUGACUUAGAAGAUGGAAUCCAUCCAAGAGAUGCCAAAUACCACCUUCAAACACGCCAGCCGAGUGCUCAAAUUGACCAGAUGGAUGCGGAACACAGCCAAUUGUUUCAGGAAAGCAAGGCUGCGAUCCGACGCCUAGAGAAUGAGUUAACCAGAUACAGGACACGUAUUAAGCAGCAAGAGGUUGAAUUGAGCCACCGGGAUGCGGUUAUUUGGGAACUCCGAAGCAACCUAGCUCAGAUACAAGAUAAGCACCAAAAGUUGGAGGACAUAGUUGUUGCACGGCAAGAAAAUGCUCUCCAGUCAAUGGUAGCAAACAAUGGAUACAUUCCUAAGGAAGACCAGUCCAUUAGGGAUGAGCUGUCCAAUUUGACAGAGAGCAUACGGUCGUGGGCCAGAAAAAACUGUUUAAUUUCCUUUGCAGAUUUGGAGGAUGUCCCCGAAACUGAGAAAGAUAUGGUCAUCCGUCAAUUAACCGAAUACUGCUCCCAACCAGAUUGGAACACAACGAUGAGAGAGAUCUCCAUCCCGCAGAAUAAAAUCCCAAUGGUUCUGUUACACGCCUUGUUAGCGAAAGAUUUGUUUGAACAAAUAUUUACAGAUCCCUUUUUUGCGUUCCCAAAGAUCGACGGUGAUCACACAAUAUUUGCAGCAGGGUACUUUCAAAGCAUAUACCGCAUCAUGAUCCAAGUGAGAGGGCUUGUGACCAGAUUCUUGAACAGUUCCGCUCGCACUCUUCUUCGCAAUGUUGAAAAUCAUGAGGCUGGCAACCAACGGGCUCAGGAGCUCCAGUCACUGUAUGAUGGGGCCGCGCAGCUGGCACUCUCCCUGUGGACUCAACGGGCUUUCAUGACCUGUCAAAGCCUGGAAGAGCUACCACCGUUUACAGUUUCAAACCCAAUAAUGCGUGCCCAUCGGCUCCAUCGGCUCGACGAAGAUGAUAAAAGGCUGGACGGGAAACGGAUACUUCUUUGUGUUCAGCCAGCCAUCCUAGCCUUUGGUUCUGAGAAUGCCGAGCACUACAACCAACACAAGAUAUGGUCUCCAGCAGUUGUGGUGGUGCGUGAGAAGUAG